AUGAGCUACACUCUCGAAGAAGCAAGAUAUGAAGAGAGGGUAAAAAAAAUUUACUCUCUUGCAACCGCCUACUCAAGGAUCUCGUUCUCUUAUGCUCCUGAUUUCUUGGAUGCCACUUCUUCAGGUGGAUUCACAGAUGAAUUUGAUGGACUAUCAAGAAGGCAGAUGGGUAAAGUAAGAAGGGGGCUUCGGUUUGUGGAAGUGAAGAGCAACGAAGACCCAAACGAAGUAUCUGAACAACUCAUAAACUGUCUCAUAAGCAUUUACUUGGAACUGAAUCAAGUUUCAUCAAAGACCAAAGGAGAUGCCGAGUUUUCGAGACGGCCCUCUUCUUGUAGCAGGAAAUCAAACACAUACAGCUAUUAUCAGAACGCAAUGAAUCUUGAUCCUUAUCACGUAUUGCCAGACUCUAACGGAGGAUUCAAUAGGGACAUUGGUCCUUACAAGAACUUCAUUCACAUUUCAAGAAACUCCAUAGAUGUGACCCGUUUUACACAUUAUUGUUCGCCCGCUAUUCCACGCUUGAGUGUUUUGAUGGAUAAACUCUCAGAGGUGGAUUUGACUUUCUUGACCUACAAGCAAAAACUCGCUUUCUGGAUCAAUAUCUACAACGCUUGUAUCAUGCAUGCUUUUCUUGAGUAUGGGUUACCUUCGUCUCACAAUAGACUACUUACCUUGAUGAACAAGGCUUCACUUAACGUCGGUGGCAUAGUUCUCAACGCUUUGGCAAUUGAACAUUUUGUCUUACGACAUCCUUGUGAACCAGAACAUGAUUCGCUCGAUGAGAAAGAAACUCUCCUGCGGCACACUUAUGGUUUGGGAUAUUCAGAGCCUAACGUGACAUUUGCGCUUUGCCGGGGAAGUUGGUCCUCACCAGCACUUAGAGUCUACACAGCAGAAGAGGUGGUGAAUGAUUUAGGAAGAGCAAGAGUGGAGUAUUUAGAAGCUUCCGUAGGUGUUUCCAGCAAGAAAAAGAUUAUCGUUCCACAGCUUCUACAAUGGCACAUGAAAGAUUUUGCAGAUGAUAUUGAAUCUCUUUUGGAAUGGAUCUACAGCCAGUUGCCGCGAUCAGGGAGCCUGAAGGCUAUGGUUAUGGAAUGUUUAAAGAGAAAAGUAAAAGUUCCCUUGGCUAAAAUGGUAGAGAUUCAAACAUAUGGCCACGAGUUUCGUUAUCUAAUUAUUGUAAAUGGAGAUUCCAUAUGUAGAAGAGUAGAAUAACAAUGUUUAGUAACUUUUCUCUCGGAUGUAAGGGCACACCAUCUUUAAUAGUCUUCUUUUUUUUACAUCCCAUCAUCAAUAGAUUAGAAUGACAAUGUUUGUUUCCUUUUUUAUUAUAAUAAAAAUACU